AUGCAAGAGAAGUUAGACGCAUUCAACGGCGCCGCCGUCGCCACCCCGGCCAAGUCGUCCUCGGCCAUGAAGAUGUCGUUCGAGUCGGAGAUCGGCGCGCAGCCCCCCCUCGGAUUCUGGGACCCCCUCGGCCUCCUCGAGGACGCCGACCAGGAGCGGUUCGAGCGCCUCCGGUACGUGGAGGUGAAGCACGGCCGCAUUGCGAUGCUCGCCAUCGCCGGUCACCUGACCCAGCAGAACACCCGCCUCCCCGGCAUGCUCUCGAACUCGGCGAACCUGUCGUUCGCGGACAUGCCGAACGGCGUGGCCGCCCUGUCGAAGAUCCCCCCGGCGGGCCUCGCCCAGAUCUUCGCGUUCAUCGGAUUCCUUGAGCUGGCUGUGAUGAAGAACGUGGAGGGCUCGUUCCCCGGAGACUUCACCCUGGGCGGCAACCCGUUCGGGUCCUCGUGGGACGCGAUGUCGGAGGAGACCCAGGCGUCGAAGCGCGCGAUCGAGCUGAACAACGGGCGCGCGGCACAGAUGGGCAUCCUGGCUCUGAUGGUGCACGAGGAGCUGAACAACAAGCCGUACGUGAUCAACGACCUCCUCGGCGCGGGAUACACCUUCAACUAGGCUUCUAGUCCGUGCGU